CUCUGUGCUGUCGGACAGGAGGAGCCUCGGCUGGACGUCCUGAUUAACAACGCUGGAGUCUACCAGUGUCCUUACACUCGCACGGAGGACGGCUUUGAGAUGCAGUUUGGAGUUAACCACCUGGGCCACUUCCUGCUCACCCACCUGCUUCUGGACCUCCUGAAGCGUUCGACGCCCAGCCGCAUCGUGGUGGUCUCCUCUAAACUCUACAAGCAUGGCGACAUCAACUUCGAGGACCUGAACAGCGAGCAGAGCUACGACAAGGCCUUCGCCUACAGCCGCAGCAAACUGGCCAACCUGCUGUUCACUAGCGAGCUGGCGCGCCGCCUGGAGGGCAGCGGCGUGACGGUGAACGCUCUGACUCCAGGCGUGGUGAGGACUAACCUGGGGAGGCAGGUGCAGAUCCCGGCCUUAGCGAAGCCUCUCUUCAACCUGCUCUCCUGGGGUUUGUUUAAAAGCCCAGAGGAAGGAGCGGAGACGUCGGUGUAUCUGGCGUCCAGCCCAGACGUGGACGGUGUGCAGGGAAGGUGCUUUGCAGACUGUCGGCCUCAGGUGCUCCUGGACAAGGCCACGGACCCGGACCUGGCCUCUAAGCUGUGGGACAUUAGUGAAGUUAUGGUGGGAAUAACCACGUAAAAUCUGACCCGCUCCUCCUAGUCUGGUCUCGUAGCGAGGUAAUGCAGUGCCUUGGUCCGUCUCACAGCUGGAAUGAUCUAAUGCCGACUUGAGACAGAGAGUUGCAGGAAGAUGAAGGUUCUCGCUGCAGCAGAUAGAACCUCCAUCCUUUUCUCAGCUCCUCCUUUUUGUCGUAGUCGGAUGUUCGAUAACCGGGCCGAGUGAGGCUUCAGGAGCAACAGCCUCAGCUGAAAUGUUCCGCUCUCUCUGCUAGCUCUUCUUCUGGGAGUGACCAGACGCGUGAUGGCGGUGGUGGGAAACCAGUGACCUGGGUCUGCUGCAGGCUGUGUGUGAGCUUCCAGACCAUAAUAAAAACCACCAGUGUGCUUCACUAGCAGAGCUGGGGGGGGUCAGAUGCCAGGGGUUGGUUAGGCCUCAGUCAGCCAUACCAGCUGCUCUGGGAUCAGUCAUUAGGAGGAAACAUUUAUUCUGCAAGUCACCCGGAAACCUCCGGGAUUCCUGACUCCCCCACCCGGACCCUUCAUUAGGACAUUUUCUGGAUCAUUUAUGGAGAGCUGGAAAACACAGAGGCUCUAUCAUCUCCAUCACACACACACACACACACCUGGGGCCGGUUGAGC